CGUGAUUCUCAAGCGCACCCCCACCCCCAUAUUUGGCCGCAUACAUAGCAAAAACGAAGUACAGUGCAUUGCUAUAAUUCAUUAAUACAUCAUAAAUCGUGAAGCACAGCGUUAUAACGACCAAGAUCUACAAAUCAAGCCCUCUAAAACAACCUAAAUGAGCUCUUACUUUGUAAACUCGUUCUCAGGGCGCUACCCAAAUGGCCCUGACUAUCAGUUACUAAAUUAUGGAACUAGCAGCAGCGCUAUGAACGCCUCGUACAGGGACUCCGGCACCAUGCAUUCAGGCUCUUACGGCUACAACUACAAUGGAAUGGACCUAAGCGUCAAUCGUUCAACCGGCACUGGCCACUUUGGGGCGGUUGGGGACAACUCCCGGGUCUUCCAGUCUCAAGCCCCGGAGACGCGAUUCCGGCAGCCGUCAAGCUGCUCGCUCGCGUCUCCGGAGCCGCUGGCUUGUUCCAACAACGAAAGCCUUGGACCCAAAGGCUCUUCGCCCCCUUCAGACCAAAACACCACCACCGCGGGUAAUAAUCUAACCAACAACACACAUUUCACAGAAAUCGACGAGGCCAGCGCUUCUUCUGAGACCGAGGAGGCGUCGCACAGAGCGAACAGCUCUGCACCCCGGACACAACAGAAGCAAGAGAGCACGGCAACCUCCACUACCUCGGCGACGUCCGAUGGCCAAGCUCCCCAGAUAUUCCCCUGGAUGAGGAAACUACAUAUUAGCCAUGAUAUGACUGGACCAGACGGCAAAAGGGCCCGAACUGCAUAUACCCGCUAUCAGACGCUAGAGCUGGAAAAAGAGUUCCAUUUCAAUAGAUACCUCACCCGGAGGAGGAGGAUAGAGAUAGCCCACGCUCUAUGCCUCUCAGAGCGUCAAAUUAAGAUAUGGUUCCAAAACCGGCGGAUGAAAUGGAAAAAGGACAAUAAACUGAAGAGCAUGAGUCUGGCUACCGGAGGUAGCGCUUUCCAGCCAUAGUUGUACCCCAAGUCCUACUACAUGGUGGGCAAAAGAAAAUCACGAGGAAAA